ACACAUGCACACAGGAAGCAGGUGGCCUUGUCACCAGCAAGAGUGACAUCCGCUAUUGCUGCCUCUCUAUUCCCCCACUGUUCCUCAGGACCUCUCUGGAAACAAAGCCCUUUGCCAGACCCCUUCCAGCCCCCAGCCUACCAUGGUCCCUUCAGGUGACAUCCUGUUCCUGCUUUUGCUCCCAGUGGCUGCCGCUCAGAUGACCCCAGGUUCCUGUUCCGGAUGUGGGCCCCUCUCCCUGCCACUCCUGGUGGGGCUCGUGGCCGCAGAUGCUGUUGUGUCACUGCUGAUCGUGGUGGUGGUGUUUCUGUGUGCCCGCCCACGCGGCAGGCCCACCCAAGAUGGCAAAAUCUACAUCAACAUGCCUGGCAGGGGCUGAGCCCUGGAACUCUGUAACUGAGACCUUUGACUUCUGACCCUCUCAUCCUGGAUUGUGUGUGGUGGCACAGGAAACCUACUCCUCUUUGAGGCUGGAAUAAAACAAUUGAAAUACCUCAA